AUGAGAUUCCUCCUAGUAUCAGCGCUCUUGACUGUGGUAUCAAUCGAAGCCUUCUACCCUGAUGGGAUUGAUGGACCUGACCCUCCAAACAACAGGGAUGGAGACAGCAAAUACGAUAUUCCCCAUAUCUUCUUCGAGCCGAAUACAGAUGUUUCGAUGAUUGACAUUGACAUUGGAUCCAGUGUACCCUCUGAUGCUCCUUCCCUCGUACCAUCUGCAAGUAUUACUGAUGCUCCUUCACUGGUUCCAUCUGCAAUUGCGGUGUCCGUCCUAUUUUCUGAGGUGCCUUCAGAUUUGCCAUCCCUUGUGCCUUCGGCUUUGGCAUCUGAUGCUCCCUCGAAUGUUCCCACAGUCUUGGUCGUCCCCACAUCUAGCCCAACAGCUGAACCAACAGCAGUACCUACCGAUACACCAUCGGUUAAAGUCACCGAAAGAAUCGAUGCUGCUCCUUUGAUCACCGAAACUCCUACCGUGAGCCCAACAUCACUUCCAACCAAUGGACCUACCCUUGAUCCAACCAGUGGACCUACCCUUGAUCCAACCAGCGGACCUACCCCUGAUCCAACUGGAACGCCAUCUAUGAUCCCAACUGGGAGCCCAACUGUGACCCCGACUGCACCUCCCACUCUUGAUCCAACUGGGGGUCCAACAGGAGUUCCAUCUGUAUCCCCCACCAUGUCCGAAAGAUUCGCCAAUGAGAUUUCAGAUACCAUUCUUCCUUCGCUUUUGUCCGCCACCCGGUCUUCUAAGCACAGAUUCCAAUGGGGAGGCACCGCCGAAGGAUGCACGCAUGAACAUCCACCAGUCUUUAUCAGUUGUGGGGCUGGUGGUUUUCUAAAUCAAGUCGUUGGAAGCGACGCUGUUUGCGAAAAUCUCUCGAACGAUCGAGCUCGAUGCGACUCCACUCUUGCGGCAUCUGAUGAGGAUGGUGCCUAUGUGGACUUCCAAUGUUCGGGUGUAACAAAGAGUCACCUCACUGCAACUGCUGAAAUUUUCCCCAGCACUGCAGAAAGUUGUGACAUGAAGGUUAGUGAUUCGACCAAUGCGGAAGGACAAGUCGUUACCACUAGGGGUGGAAACGCUGCCGUUUUUGGCGUUCUCGGCCGAGUUUGCAAACAGAACAAUGGUGAAACUCGUCUUGAAAAUGUCUACGAUUGCAACACAGGAACACGUGGGGUGCAAGGAGACGUCAGUUAUUGUGCUUCUGGCAGUAUGUGUGCAGUCAAUCAAGCUUGUACCAAGAGGGGUUGCAACGGAGCUACAAGUUGUCCAGUCGAAGUUGGUGUAGUGUCGAUGUCCAAUUCCGAUGACCGAGAAGCUUGUUCUUUCCCUGAGAAUGGCUUCAACUUGGUGAGCGCUACCUUCCAGGAGACUAAGUUCGCAACUUUUCACGAGGUUGAUUGGACAUUCAGCGGACAAGACCUUGGCUGCAGGACUUUUACUCCUGACUUGACACUUUCUUGCAAGAGCGGAGGAGAAGUGCAGCUUGGAGAUACGUAUCCAUACUGCCUUGAGGCUGGAUCAACCAUUACAUGCACAAAUCCUUUUGGAUCCCAUGACAAUGUUCGCGAGACAUUGACCGUCAAGGUGACUUGUCUUGGAGAUUCUUAUGAUCAGUUGGAACUGGAGGCUAAUCUUCCCGAGCUCAAUGAUGAGGGUUCACUCUGUACGGAUGGCGCGUUGGCCAUUCAGGGGGUAAGCAUCAAGAAGAGCUGCUCAGAUGAUCAAUUUGUGUCGUCGCCUUCGUUUUGUGUCGACUUUGAAGCCAUCUUCGACGAUGAAAAUCUGUGCUAUUCGAAAUUUGAAUGUUUCCAAGACACUUGUGAAGGGACGGAGGUUAUCAUCCCGUCCGUGUCUGCCCUUUCAUUUAGUCCCGAAACCAGAUACUGUGUUCGUGCUGCGUAA